AUGUCUUUCGAUGAUGAUGAAGCUCUCUUUGAAGAUAUCUACGGUGAUGAUGAAACUCAAGUGAGUGAAGAACCAAAAGUUGAAGAAAAGAAAUCUGAAGAGAAGAGUGCAACUCCUGCUCCAGCCGAACCUGUGAAGGCUGAUUCAGCCGAAGUUAAGUCAAAUUCUGAAACUCCAAGCACCCAAAAAACUAGUCAAGUUCAAGAACCAGCUCAACCACAGCAAACCACUCAGUCCGAUUUGCAACCACAACAAUCGAACCAGUAUGGCCAACAACAACAACCAGUCCAGUCUCAGGGAUACUCGCAACCUCCUCCACAGCAAAACUACAACCCAAUGCCACCUUCUAACUUAGGUAAAGAUCAUGGUAAGAUGUUUAUUGGUGGUCUUAACUGGGAUACUACCGAAGAAGGGCUUAAGGCAUACUUCUCCAAGUAUGGUGAAGUCAUAGAUUUCACUAUUAUGAGGGAUAACGCCAACGGGAAAUCUCGUGGUUUUGGGUUUUUGACAUUUGCUGACCCAAAGUCAGUCGAUGAAGUUAUUAAAACUGAUCACAUCUUAGAUGGAAAAUUAAUUGACCCUAAGAGGGCUAUUGCAAGAGACGAACAAGAUAAGGUUGGUAAGAUUUUUGUAGGAGGAAUUGACCCAAUGGUCAAUGAACAAGAUUUUAAUGAAUUCUUCUCUCAAUUUGGAAGUAUCGUUGAUGCACAAUUAAUGAUUGACAAAGAUACAGGUAGAUCAAGAGGAUUUGGAUUUAUUACCUAUGAUUCUCCAGAAGCUGUUGACAGGGUCACAGUAAAUAAGUAUUUAACUUUGAAGGGUAAGGCUAUGGAAGUAAAGAGAGCCGAACCAAGAGGUCAACACCAACAAAAUCAACAGCUGCAACAAUAUCAGCAACAACUGCAGUAUGGAAACUAUGGUAACUCAAACUAUGGUGGACAAGCUUACGGUGCCCAAGCUCCUCAACAGCAACAAUAUGGUGCAAAUGGUAUGUCACCAGAAAUGAUGCAGGAAUAUUGGCAAAGAAUGCAACAAUGGUAUAUGUACCAGCAACAAGCUCAACAGGCAUCUGGUCAGACUGGAGGUGAAGAUGACGGUGAAAAACCGCAAGAGCCUUUGAACCCACAACAGCAAAGUGAAUUGCCACCACCACCACCGCCACCAGCACCUCAGCAACAAGGGUACGAUAGGGAUUACUCAAAUUCUUCUGGGGGAUCUUCUGAUUACCCAUCUGGUCCUAAGAGAUUACCUCCAACAGGUCCAAGAAGGGCUCCACCAUCAGGUCCAUCUGGUGGAUAUAGAGGAAGAGGCGGAUACCAAGGAAGAGGAGGUUAUGGUAGAGGAGGCUAUGGUAGAGGUAGCUACCAAGGCAGAGAAAGAGGUGGUUACCAUCCAUAUAACAAGAGAUAG